AUGGACGGAGAGAUGCAAUUAAGGCGGCUUUUAAAAACGAAGGAAAUCUUUGUUGGAAACCUGCCUCUGGAUAUCAAAGUGGAAGAGAUUGUCUUCUUAUUCAAGGAUUUCGGGAUCAAAUCUUUGAAGAAGCACAAUAACUCCUUCAGAAGUUUUGCAUUUCUGGAAUUGAUGUCCCUGGAAGCUGCAAAAUUAGCAAUCCAGCUUUUGAACGGAUACUUCGUGAAAGGCCGGCCGAUGUCCGUCUCGUUUAUGGAAAACCGUAAAACCCACGAGGUUCUGAAAACCAGCACUCCGAUGCCGGGUUUAGAAGUAAUCCCCGCCAGCGAAGGUGGAUUGACUAACGGUGGCAUCCACAUCUCCCCUGUAAAUCAGAGAGUCGACUAUGUUGUCCCCAUGGAAAUGAGGAGUUCGUUUCUCUCCCACAUGCUGAACAGCUGCUUCGGAGACGCCACGUGGCUCCGUUCCGUGGUCUCCGUGACGGGGGAGGUGGGGCUUUUGGUGACGGACACGCUUCCGCUGAUGCCGUACUUCUGGGCCAUCGUCCUCAACGAGGAAUGCUGCAAAUCCAUGGAGAAACUCUUCACGGCUUUGGCCAAGGCCGAGUGCGGCCUGGGCUUCCUGGCCAAAGGGGAGAUCCAGAGGGGGACGCGGUGCCUGGCCCAGUGCGACAUCGGGGAUGGGGGCAGCGCCUGGAACAGAUGCUGGGUGCUGGAGCCCCUGGGCGACCUGGGCGUGGUCUUCUUUCUGGACUUCGGCCGCUGCGCCAGCGUCCCCUUGAACUCGCUACGCAAGCUGGACGGGGAGCAAUUCUGGGAAAUCCGCCCUCUGGCUCAGCCCUUCAUGCUGGAGGAAGGCGUUUUCCCCCCACAAGACAUCCGACGACAAAUCCUGGUAGGAACCUUGAAAGGACCUUCUCAAUGGGAGCCACACAUUUUAAAGUUCGUGGUCAAAACAGGCUAA